GCUCGCGACGGCCCGCAGGGAGCGGACGGAGGGAGGGUGCGUGGCCAGGCCCUAGGCAUAAGCGGCGGGGGCCGGUCAUGAGUGAUAUGGAAAUGCCUGGGGUUUUGGUGUCUGCGUUUGAAGGACCACAUGGCAUCUGUGAGGAUCAUGUUGGAGAUCUGCAGAAGCACUUUAAUCUCAUUACCAUGAAAGAAUUUCUGGAAAAUAAAACACAGUUCAAUCGAAAGAUCCAAGCCAUAUACAUAUGGGGUGGAAAACCAGAUAUUAACCGGGAGCUCCUGCUGAGCCUGCCCUCACUGAAGAUUGUGGCCAGCGCAGGGGUGGGUGUGGACCACCUGGACCUGCCACUCAUCGCCAGCUUUGGCGUGAAGGUAGCCAACACUCCACACGCUGUGUCAAGUCCCACCGCAGAUCUGGGGAUGGCCUUGCUGCUGGUCUCAGCUCGCAGAGUCCUGGAAGGAUACCAGAUGGCCAUUUCACCCGCUACGGAGAACUUUUGUGUCAACUGGAUGGGCCAUGAGGUGACAGGGGCCACCCUGGGGGUCAUUGGCAUGGGUGCUAUUGGCUACAAGAUCGCCCAGAGGGCCAGAGCAUUUGAAAUGAAGAUUCUGUAUCACAACAGAAGCCGCAGGAAACUGGAGGAGGAGGAAGCUGUAGGCGCCACUUACUGUGAGAAGUUGGAUGACCUGCUGCGACAGUCAGACUUUGUGAUGCUGGCAGUGAAUCUGACACCUCAGACGCAAAUGAUGAUCGGGAGGAGGGAGCUGGGACUGAUGAAGCCCACAGCCAUCCUCAUCAACAUCGGCAGAGGUCUGCUGGUGGAUCAGGAUGCGCUGGUGGAAGCUCUUCAGACUGGGAUUAUUAAUGCAGCGGCACUGGAUGUGACACACCCGGAGCCCCUGCCCAGAGAUCAUCCUUUGUUGAAGUUGAAGAAUGUCAUUCUGACCCCACACAUUGGAAGUGCAACUCAUCAGGCCAGACGACAAAUGAUGCAAAAUCUAGUUGAAAGCAUUCUGGCUUCUCUCAGUGGUCUCCCUGUUCCUAAUGAAGUGCUGCUUAAAUGAUUUAUGUGGCUGAGAGAAUUCACUGGGAUGGAAAUGUGGCAGAUUAAAUGGGGGAAGAAAACCGUAUUUUGUAUAUUAUAAAUAUUAGACACACCACAUAGACUGGUUUGAUAGCAUUUUGGCUGGAAAAACUUUAAGAAUGAAAAUAGUUAGCAUCUAUCACAGGCAUGCUACGUUUUUGCUUCCUAAUCUCACUUCGUGCUCCACAGCUCUGUGCUCUAAGGUAACUGUUGUGGAGGACUGGAAAAAGAAGCAAGAAGGACAGCUCUGCGAGGGGAUGCCUGUUAUGUUCAUGAUGAAACUGGGCAUGCCAGAGAAGGAUCGCUCAUCUCAAGUCUCAGCUGGCAAAUAGCUGGGUUUUGAUUAAAACCUUAGGCUU